UAAUUAAACACCAUUAAAUAUGAAGUUUCUGUAAAAUUCUUCUUUAUUAAUAUGUAAUGCUUGUUUUGUGUAUUAUUAAAGGGUUAGUUCACCCAAAAAUGAAAAUUCUGUAAUUAAUUACUCACCCUCAUGCCGUUCCACACCCGUAAGACUGUCGUUAAUCUUCGGAAUGCAAAUUGAGAUAUUUUUGUUUAAAUCUGAUGGCUCAGUGAGGCCUACAUAGGGAGCAAUGACAUUUCCUCUCUCAAGAUCCAUAAAGGUACUAAAAACAUAUUUAAAUCAGUUCAUGUGAGUACAGUAGUUCAAUAUUAAUAUUAUAAAGCGACAAGAAUAUUUUUGGUGCGCCAAAAAAAAAAAAAAAAAAAAAAACGAAUUAUUUAGUGAUGGCCGAUUUCAAAACACUGCUUCAGGAAGCUUCGGAGCGUUAUGAAUCAGCGUGUCGAAUCCGCAGUUCGGAGCGCCAAAGUCACGUGAUUUCAGCAGUUUGGCGGUUUGACACGCGAUCCGAAUCAUGAUUCGAUACACUGAUUCAUUACGCUCCGAAUCUUCCUGAAGCAGUGUUUUGAAAUCGGCCAUCACUAAAUAAGUCGUUAUUUUGUUUUUAUUCUCGUCGCUUUAUAAUAUUAAUAUUGAACCACUGUACUCACAUGAACUGAUUUAAAUAUGUUUUUAGUACCUUUAUGGAUCUUGAGAGAGGAAAUGUCAUUGCUCCCUAUGUAGGCCUCACGGAGCCAUCGGAUUUAAACAAAAAUAUCUUAAUUUGUGUUCCGAAGAUCAACGAAGGUCUUACGGGUGUAAAACGGCACGAGGACUGCCACUGCAGAACUGUCAUUGUCUGCAAUCAGCUUUCUACUAAAGAGAGCCGGUCACUGAGGAGACUGACGUGUGAUGGGACUGGCCUGCUUUCCUCUAAACCCUGUAAGUCCACAAGUGCCGUUUGGUGUGAAAUAAACGAUGAUGAGACUGAAGGGAAGAGAAAGGGAGGGAAUCUGCCAGAUCGCCCAGCGAGGCCGGCAGAUGGCCUGUACCUGAGUGCCACGCUUCAACCAGAUCUUCUGAAGUGCAGGACUGAAGCUUGUUUGAAGGUUAAAUGGUCAACACCUGCACAAAAGAUGAUUAAUUUGGCACGCAUUCAUGAUAAAUACGGGGUGAAGAAGUUUUGGGAAGAGAAGAUUGAAAGCCACGUUCAGAGGACGGGAAAUGAGGACUCAAGAAUGAAGAACAGCGCUUUAUCCAAGUGUGUUACGUGAAGAGUGGGUCCAGAGGCUUCAAUUCCGGAACCAACAUGUGAUCGAGACCAUGAGAGAGGAACAAAUAAGAAGAGCUCAGAGGGUUCAAGGGAUUUUAAAAGUUUAGACGUCAGCAUGAAAACUAAAAGCACUUCUCUAAAGCAUUUCCUAAGAAGAGCCUGACAUUAUACAUUCAUUAUACAAAAGCUGGCACUGGAACGGUACCCUUUAAAAAGGCUCUAAUAUUUACACUUUUGUUAUAUACCUUUGAUGUACUAAUAAUAUGCACUCUUUAAGUAUACCUUUUGAAAGGGUACCACCCCAGUGACAGCUUUUACCUUUUUUCUAAAAUUUUAUAUCUGUAUAAAAGUCAGUCUAUUUCUUUAACUUAACUAAAUAGUUUUUUGAUGUAGUGUUUGAGACAGAAAGAUGCUGUUGCAGACAUGCACCAUUAAACUAAAUGUGAUCUUGCCUUCCAGCAUCCGUCUUUCAUAUAAGGCUCAUUGGGUUACAUAGAAUACAUUCUUACCGAGCUUUAUUUUUAUUAAAAUUUAAGUAUCAUUAUCAUA